GUCUAGGGUUUGCUGUUCAUCAUCUUCGCGGGGUUCCUUGCUGUCGCUUUUCCUCGUCGUCAUUACUUUUAGUUGCUUCGGCUUCGCGUGCUCUGCGUGCUUCGCGUGAAAUAUUUUUUUUAUAGGGUCGCUAAAGGAGAUUCUUGAUCUCCUCCUCCGACGACGGAUCGGACGUCACGACGGGAGGGGGCUCGCUCGCUGCGAAGGCCAAAAAUAGGCUAACGGCGGAUUUAUCUAAGCCUGUAAAGAUGGAAUCGAAUGACUCCGAGGGGAAGAUGUCAUCGUCAGUAGGAUACAAGCUUGUCCCUUGGGUGAAUUGGGACGAAUGGAACUAUGUUAGGAGGUCAAUUUUCUCAUCAUCUCCUAACUUAAUCUUAGCGGCCCUUCAAAAAAUAUCUGCCUGGGAGAGCAGAGGUUGCCUACCCAUUGCAAUUGAUUUGACGGCUGUAAUUAUCGAGAUCCACCAGAAAGAUCCAUUUUUUAGAGGAGUUGGUUCCAUUGGUGAUGCUCUUGCGUCUGAGAAGAUGCUAAACAUGUUGUACUGCAUGUUCAUCAUGAGACUAGUCAAUGAUUUUGUUGAGCCCGUGCAUAAGGAAACAGGGAGAUCGAUAUCUGAUAUAGCUGAUGCAAUUGGUAUUCCACGGACUCUUGUUGAUAUUCGUCAUGAGAGUUCUCAUCGCUGUCUUCCUUCGCUCAAGUUGGCUCGUUCAGCCAGUGCAAAGGCACUUGAGUGGCUAAAGGCUAAUUACUGGGAGCCUCAGAGAAUUGCAGUUCACGAUCCUAGAAGAAAAGUAAAAUCUAGAUUACGUGAGAUGAUCUUAUGUUCUGCAGCCCGUCAUGUUUCAAGAGUGAAUUCAACAAACCCCAAAAGAAAAUACUGUAAGAGAACUGCCCUUCUUGUAGCAUGCCAUAAGCUCUCUCAUAUAAACAAAAGGCUUCUGGCUUCUAAAGCAGAUGUUUUAACUGUGCAAAAAGUUACCAAAAGAGCUGCUCAUCUUUACUCCCUGUAUCCGUCAGAAGUUGUGUCCUUGUUGCUGGAAAUUUUCCUCUCACAAGCAUGGGAUUUCUCUGAUGGCAUUGACAUGGAAAACUCCGAUGAUUCCGAUUGCAACAUUUUCAAACAAUUCACAGGCUCCCUACCUGAUUUAAAGAUGUUAAUAACUAAACUCUCCAAGAAGAAGCCAAGAUUUUUACUCAACAUGCUGAAGUUGGUCCUUGAGAUGAUUGAAGAAAAGGAUUCUAGGAACUUUGAAAUUGAUUGGAACCACUUCCUUUCCUCACAAAAUCAGGUCCAGAUGAAUGAAGUUUCUCAUCUUCGUUCACUGCUUACCUUUCUUAUAAGAAAUCUAAAGGCAUUGAAGGAUUCCGGGCAAAUAAGACUCGCUGAAGAAAAUCAAAUUCUUUCUAUAGAUAAUGUUGCUGCGCCAAAAGUUCUCCUCUCAAGCCUUCUCCAUAAAUGCCUUACUUUGUUGGUUCCAGGUGAUCAGAAUCUGUUUAAGUCAGCGCUACUUCUUUCUGAGAUGAGUGGAAACAGAUUAUUGACUGAGGAACUCAAGAAACUCCCUUUGUUAGCCUUUCUGGACCAGGACCUGGAUCCCUUGGCCACUUUAAGCUAUAAUGAGAGUAUGCUUUUAAAAGAGGAGGAUUCUAUCAAGAAAGCAGAAGAAAGAUUGAAUCUUAUAAAGCUCCAUCUCCUGAAUGAUAAAAAUAAAGGUAAAAGGUUUACGAACAACACUGCUGAUGCAACAACAAGGUGGAAAGUCACCAAGUCAUGGGUAGCUUGCCCCAUUGGCACAUUGCCUUGCUCAUUCAGCUCCACAGUCGUUCUUCCAAUUUUUGAUUUCAUGGAAGUUGAAAGAGAGAUGGAUAAAUCUAAAACAACUAGCGAUAACGUUGAGAAUGUUUGUGCUGCUGAAGAAAAUAGAAUGGUUUGUGAUGAUAAUGAGUCUUCUGAUGAUAGUAAUCCUGUAAAAAUGUUGAAGCUGACACCACAAAAUGACGAUUCGCUUGCACUGGAGAAUCCCUGCCCCAUGCAAGGCAGGCUGUUAAUUGGUGGUGUAUGGAAGAAGGUUAGUGAAAACGAAUUACUUUCCUUAGAUGCGGAUAUCAGAACUUUUGUAUAAGUGGAUAGAUAUUGGUAUUAUGGCAUAUUUAUUUGUUUGGUGUAAUAUAGCUGAUUUUUUUUGGCAAACAGUUCUGCUAAUCUGCUAUAUCAAGCA